AUGUGGUUCUUAUUUUCAUUUUUCGGAUUGUUACUGCUGAGUCAGGAUGCGAAUGCACUCAAGUGUUUCACUGAAUACACGUUCGUGCGUGGUCAAAACGUUGGUACAUCAAUGGAGACAUGUAGUGGCAAAAACGAUUACUGUUAUAACGUUACGGCGGAUACGAAUAUUGUGCAUAAGGUGAAGGCAGCCGGGUGUGCAUCAAUAAAAUGCAUUGUAAGUGAGCACACUUCACCACUGCAAGCGAAUGUCACGAGCAGUGAUGCCUAA